ACCACAGAUCAGUCCAGGAGCAGCGACCGGACAGGAGCAACGAACGGAUCUAUGGCCUAGCGUCUCCUCACGCGCUCCUUUCAUCUGAGAACUGAGAGAGAUUGCUGAAGACAAUAAAGCAACAGUAGACUAGAGGAAGAAAGAACUUGAUUUGGUUGAUGCUUGUUUCCCUUCUCUAAAAUGUUGGCUCUUUUUUGAAGUUACGUUUACUGAUUUCUGGGAGCACCCCCCCCCAUCGCGUUCACCUGAUGGUCCUGGAGGACUUUUCUUCUUCACAAGAGUUGUUGACGCACAGCCCACUAACCCCUGGAUGUUGACAGCACCCUUUCCAGACCCUCAUCUCGUUCAUAGUUCUCUCUCGCUCUCUCGUUUCUGAGUGAAAACUACAACAAUAAGUGAGAAACACCGCGCCACUUGCGCACCGAACAUCUCUCUUUCCGUCUGCGUGAUCAAAAGCCACGGGGAAGGAAGAAAAAGGAAGCGAGAGAGACAGGGAGCGAGAGGCACAUAGUGUGACGGGAGGAGGAAACGUAUGUUUUGAUGUUUGGGAUCCAGGAGAACAUCCAGAGGAGCGGGAGUGUUAUGAAAGAAGAGCCCUUGUUGACCGGGAUGAACGCCGUGCGGAGCUGGAUGCAGGGCGCCGGGCUGCUGGACGCCAACACAGCCGCCCAGAGCGGAGUGGCUCUAGCCCGGGCACAUUUCGAGAAACAACCGCCCUCCAACCUUCGCAAAUCCAACUUCUUCCACUUCGUGCUGGCUCUGUACGACAGACAAGGGCAGCCGGUGGAGAUAGAGAGAACCAGCUUCGUUGGAUUUGUUGAAAAGGAAAAGGAAACGUCAGGGGAAAAGACCAACAAUGGGAUACAGUACAGGCUACUGCUCCUAUACAGCAAUGGUAUCAGGACAGAGCAGGACUUUUACGUGCGCCUCAUCGAUUCCAUGACCAAACAGGCGAUCACCUAUGAGGGACAGGAUAAGAACCCUGAAAUGUGUCGGGUUUUAAUGACUCAUGAGAUCAUGUGCAGUCGGUGUUGUGAUAAGAAGAGUUGUGGCAACAGAAACGAGACACCCUCUGACCCCGUCAUCAUUGACAGGUUCUUCCUCAAGUUCUUCCUGAAGUGCAACCAGAACUGUCUGAAGAACGCAGGGAACCCACGAGACAUGAGACGCUUUCAGGUGGUCGUGUCUACCACGGUGAGUGUGGACGGUCAUGUCCUCUCUGUCUCUGACAACAUCUUUGUCCACAACAACUCUAAACACGGUCGCCGGGCCAGGAGACUAGACCCCUCAGAAGGAACACCCUCGUACCUGGAGCAUGCCACCCCCUGUAUCAAGGCGAUCAGCCCCAGUGAGGGCUGGACUACAGGCGGUGCCACAGUCAUUAUCAUAGGAGAAAACUUCUUUGAUGGACUCCAGGUCAUAUUUGGUACCAUGCUAGUCUGGAGUGAGCUGAUCACAGCCCACGCCAUCCGGGUGCAGACUCCCCCCAGACACAUCCCCGGGGUCGUAGAGGUCACGCUGUCAUACAAGUCGAAACAGUUCUGCAAGGGCACACCUGGAUGCUACAUAUACACAGCGUUGAAUGAGCCCACUAUAGAUUACGGCUUCCAGAGGUUACAGAAAGUCAUCCCCAGACAUCCAGGAGACCAGGAGAGACUACCCAAGGAAGUCAUUCUAAAGAGAGCGGCAGACUUGGUAGAAGCGCUCUACGGGAUGCCACACAAUAACCAGGAGAUGAUUCUGAAGCGGGCAGCUGACAUGGCAGAGGUGUUGUAUACGACGGUGCCACGCGGCCACAACCAGCUGUUAGGCAGCGGCUCCGUCCACGCCAGCAUGAUGGCCGUCAACUCCUUCCCCGGGUCAGAGGUCACACAGACAGCCAAUCAGGGUUACAGUAGGAGUAGCAGCAGUGCAUCUCCUCAUGGUUAUGUCCCCAGCACCACUCCACAGCAGACCAGCUACAGCUCUGUUUCCACUAGCAUGAACGGCUACACUGACUCUGGCAUGACCACGCUAGGAACCUCACCCAACUUCCUCAACGGGUCAGCCACCAACUCACCCUACGCUAUCGUUCCCUCCAGUCCCACCAUGGCCUCCACCACCAAUCUUCCCUCUAAUUGCAGUAGUUCUUCAGGCAUCUUCUCCUUCUCUCCGGCCAACAUGGUGUCUGCUGCGGUCAAACAGAAGAGCGCCUUCGCCCCCGUUAUACGGCCGCAGACCUCCCCUCCACUCACCUGCACCAGCACUAUUGCUAACGGACUGCAAGUGAUUCCCGGGAUGAUUGAUCCAUCCAUGUAGAUCUGUGAACGUUGAAAAUUUGGGAAUGUUGACAGGGAGAGAACAUGUCUGACGUGUCUCUGUGUCACACUCAAACCCUCUGGACCUGAACAGAACACUGAACUCAAAAUGGUUAAACUCAGGCCUUUCUAGAAGGAAUCUCAUUGGAAGGAAGAAGGAAGAAGAAAACGACAAACAUAACAUUUGUUGAUGUCAUUUCCUUCCUGGUGAACUUGUGAACCUUCUCAGACACACCUUGGAGUCGAAUAAUACAGUUAUUUAAAUUGAAUUGAAUCAAACUUAAUUUAAUCAAACUGAAUUUAAUGUAAUUUAAUUGAGGAAGGACUGUAAGAUGCCUCAUGACCGUGUCCACAUCACAAUUGAGUGACAAUAGUACAGACCUCAUGACAAAAGCAUUUAUUUGUAUGUGUAUUUAUUGGUAUAAUGUUUAAGUUAGAUCUAUUGUAUGCCUUCCUACAGACUGUAACACAUACAAACAACACUGAUGCUGAUUGGUUAUAAGGGUUUAUGUAAGUAGAUUGCUCUGACAUGACUGGAUAGGAGUUAACAUGGGUUGUAACUAAGCUGUCUUGUAUCAGUUUACAUUUAGUAACUGUAAACAAACACUGUAUAGCCUCAAAACACAGUUCAAAUUAUAAUGUCCAUAUCAUGGAUGGUCAUGCCUUGCAUCCAUAGCCAUGUCUAGGAAUUUGAGAGUGGUUACAUUUCUCCAUCUCUCAGCUUUUUACUGAAACGGUGGCGGGGACCAUACUUUGUUAUUGUUUCAACUGUGGAUUGUCCUUUUAAAGGAUUCAAACAGACUGAGCUGAAAUAACUUUUGACAAAGAUUUUUGCUGCUAACUUAUCACAGAAAUAGAAUCAGAGAUGUGCAAUUCCCUUUUAAUUUCAAUCAGAAAACACAUUUGAUGAAAUAUCAGAUUAGAAUUACAAUUUAUGUAAUAUAUUUGUGUCUAUAAAUAUAAAAAUGAUGGGUUUAUGAUUUGAUUUAUUUUACUUUGUUUUACCAAAGUUAUACUUCUAAAUAUAAUAUAAACAUGAAUAUGUCUUAAGGCAGCUCUCGACACAGAUGGUCAUUUCACUGUCAAGCUCUCAUCAUCUAUACUUUGCAAAAAUGAGAACCACGGAUUUGGAUACAAAACAGUGAUUUCUGUAUAAAGUUCUCAUUUAAAUAAUGUAUUUAUCUUUUGGAUGUGUACAUUUUGCAUUGCUUCUUGACCCUAAUUCUAGCUUGUUCUGUGUUAGUUUAUAAGUGUCAAAGUGUCACAGAGUUAUGUUUUGUCACCCACUGUGUAAAUGUGAUCUCACAUGUUGUAUUUUGUAUUUAGUUUGUUUGGGGCUGUAUUGUCUAGACAUUGUUAUUUCCCAUCCCAAAAUGUUAUCUAUUUUAUUUAUUUUUAUUUGUAGGUUAAUAAAAGUUUAGUUUUUCCU